AUGUUGUCGAUACUUCCGACUAUUACACUCCUUUCGUUGCCAUUCCUCGCCGUUUGUCAAUCUGCCUCUGAUGGCUACAGUGGCUACAAGCUCGAUGUCCGAGAUGACGGUGACCCAACUGCCGUACUUUACGAGACGGAAAACACAUCUUCGUCCAACAUCUCCGCCUUGAACCCCAUACCGGACGUCUUGCUUAACGCAUCAGUUCACGUUGGCGAAAUUUUCAUUGGUGUCGACAACCUGACUGCGAAGAUCAACCUCGACGCACAGGUACUCCAGUUGCUGCAGUUCAACGCCGGAGUAGACCUUUCUGUCGACAAAGUCUCACUCCUUAUCCAAAACGUCACAGCCAAGGUCUACCUCGAAGCACGUCUUGGUAACCUCGUAUCCAUGGUCAGCGACGUAUUGGACAGCAUUGACCUCAACCCCGUCAUUGCGGAGCUCGGAAACGGCCUCGGAUCCAUCAUCAACGACACCGCUGGACUUGUUGGUGACGUCGCCGGCGGACUUACUGGAGGAGGCAACGACACUGCACAAGCCAAGGCAAAGCGUGACAUUGAUUUCCACCAGUGGGACCUCCGCAACAACAUCCUCUAUUCCGUCAACAACUUUGAAGGCAACACAAACAAGCGCCGCGUCCUUGCUCAAAACGGUGAUAUCGUAGAGCAAACUCUCGACAAUUCCGGUACCAUCUCUGCAACUUCCAUCGUGGGUGAUUACCUCAAGAACAUGAGGUUCAAUGGCUUCAACGAGAGUGUGACGUUCAAGGGCGAAGAGGUGUGGGAAGAGGAAUAUGUUUAUGAGCCUUUUAUGGGACUAUACUCCAUCUCAGGUGUGUUUAAGAGCAAGAGUACAGGAGAGGUUGUUGGCACGCAACUUCUUGCUGAAGCUAGAGGGGGUGGAAGCGCGAGUAUUGGGAAUGAGAAGGCGUAG